CAUGGCAGAUCCGGCUGAUGAUUUCGUGGUUCCUACCGGGUGGCUCCCAGCCCCCGAACUAACUCCCGCGUUGGGGCCCCUAAGCGGCACCGCCCUACCGCGGGACAACUGGGCGCUCUGGGCAAUGCCGCCGCCACCGCCACCUGCUUUGUCUUUGCCUCUCGCGGCUGGGUCAAAGCCUUCAGAGGUACAGCCACCCAUGCAGGCCCAGUCUCUCUCCGGGGCGCCGCCCCCCUUCGAUGCCCAGAUUCUUCCUGGAGCGCAGCCCCCCUUCGAUGCCCAAUCCCCCCUUGAUUCUCAUCCUCAACUCAGCGGCCAGGCUUCUUGGAAUUUACAGCCCUCGACAUCUUGGUACUGGAGACAGUCUCCUGAUUGUUUCCCUCCGCAUCAGAAGUCCCACAACCCUCCAGCUAAACAGUCUUAUUUUCCACGAAAAUAUGAUGCUAAAUUCACUGACUUCAAUUUCCCUCCUAAUAGAAAACAGAAAAAAAAGAAAAGAAAGGAACCAGUUUUUCACAUUUUUUGUGAUACCUGUGAUCGUGGUUUUAAAAAUCAAGAAAAAUAUAACAAACAUAUGUCAGAACAUACAAAAUGUCCUGAAGUGGAUUGCUCUUUUAGUGCACAUGAGAAGAUUGUCCAGUUCCAUUGGAGAAAUAUGCAUGCUCCUGGUAUGAAGAAGAUCAAGUUAGACACUCCAGAGGAGAUCGCAAGAUGGCGGGAAGAAAGAAGAAAAAAUUAUCCAACUCUGGCCAAUAUUGAAAGGAAAAAAAAGUUAAAACUUGAGAAGGAAAAGAGGGGAGAAGUACUGACAACAACACAGUAUGGCAAGAUGAAGGGGAUGUCCAGACACUCACAGAUGGCAAAAAUCAGAAGUCCUGGUAAACACCACAAAUGGAAAAACAAUGCUAGACAGAGCACUGUCAUCUCAUCAGUCAGUCACUUCUGUGAUUCAAAGCCUAAAGGUCCACCUGAGGCAAAUGCAGAUCCUCUUGGCGCCUUGAUAAACAGUGACUCUGAGUCUGAUAAGGAGGAGAAAUCACAACAGUCUGUCAUCCCUAAGGAGGUGACGCCAGCCUUGUGUUCACUAAUGAGCAGCUAUGGCAGUCUUUCAGGGUCAGAAAGUGAGCCAGAAGAAACUCCCAUCAAGACUGAAGCAGACGCUCUGGCAGAAAAUCAGGUUCUUCACAGCACUAUUGCUCAGACUGCAAGGCAAGAUGUGAAAGCAACUGUUAGAAAUUUCUCAGGAGCCAAGUGUGAAAACCGGAAGAAUGGUUUCAAAAAGACUAACUCCAAGAGGAAAAAAGAUUAUCACAAUUAUCACAUAUUUGAACCAAGAACACACCAUCCAUAUCUCUUGGAAAUGCUUCUAGCUCCAGACAUUCGACAUGAAAGAAAUGUGAUUUUGCAGUGUGUCCGGUACAUCAUCAAAAAAGACUUUUUUGAACUUGAUACUAAUUCUGCAAAAACUAAAGAUGUAUAGGUGUCUUAUGUUUCAGCAUACAUAACUGAAGCAUAUAAAAUAGUAUCAUUCUCAAGCAAUGGAGGAAAACUAAACCUUUUAUUUUUUUUUCCCCCAAAACUGGACUAGUACUUAAAUUGUAAGCCUCAUAGAUACUAUGUUGGGUUUUCACAUCUCUCCUUUGAUUCUAUGCAAAUAAAUAUAAGCUGAUUUUUU